AUGCUCAACAGAUCGACUAUACUCGCUGUGAUUGCUAUGGCCGGCUUGGUCAUGGCCGGCCGCAACGGUUUCGGAGGGUCUCAUGGAAGACAUCAACCACUUGCACCUUUUCUUCAAAACGCUACUACUGAGGCUCGC